AGGAGACAGAAUAAACAGGUCCUAUCUACACAAUGUUAGAGGUGAAACCCUCAUGGCCUCUUCUACGUAUGGUGGCAUCCUCCCAGAUUCUGACUAGAAUGAUGGAGUCCAGCAACAAGUAUAAACUGGGUGGAUUUAGGGUUCUAAAGAGACUUUUCAUCCAGAAAACAUGGGGUAAAAGAUGUGGCCUCUGCCUGAGGAGACACUAAAGGAGUCCUGGGGCUCAUACUUCUUGUAAUUCCCACGAGAAGGCUGACAUGUGGAGACUUCCCCCACAAGAGGCAAAUAGUGAGUUCUGUAUAUGGAGACUUAGGUGCCCUGCAAAGGAGAGCGGAGGCUAGGGUCUCAGCUGGCCACUGGGAGACCCAUGCCCCGUGCCGUGGCUUCCCAACUCUACCUGUCCUCCUCCAGCCAACAUCUGCCCCUACACUCCUAACCCCAGGACCAGGGGACCCAGAGCUGGAGCUUGAUGAGAAACCUGCUCACAAAUCAGCCUGGAGCUGCAGUCUUGAGUGUCCAGGUGCACAGGGCUGUGCUCCAGGGCCUUUGGGAAGAGAAUGUCAGUGGGACACUGGGGCGCACAAGGGUCUGUACAGCCCUGCUGCGUGGCCAGGUCUGCCCCUUCCAGGACAGCACUGACGGCUUGGGGAAGGCUGUCUACUCCAUCACCAGCACCAUCACCUCCAUUCUGUUCACCUGGCCCCUUGAAAACACUUCAGUUUGCUAUCAGCCCCCGCAACGGUCAUCUUUCCGGAUAAAGCUGGCCUUCAGGAACUUCGCCUGGCCUGGACUGGGUGUGGAGGACCAUCAGGAACUUGUCCUAGGCCAGUUGGUGCUUCCGGAGCCCAACGAGGCCAAGCCAGAUGAUCCUGCUCCACCUCCUGGGCAACACGCAUUAACAAUGCCGGCCCUGGAGCCAGCACCACCACUGCUGGUGGACCUGGGGCCUGCUCUGGAGCCAGAGUCAGGUGCAGCCCUGGGUGCACCAGGACAUCUAUAUUCAGCACCAGGACCAGCACCAGGGGAAGGGUCCCCUCCAGCGACACUGCUGGAGCCACAGUCCGCCUCAGAGUCCCCCAGUCCCUCUUUCACGACUGUGAAGAACCAACUUGAGGAGAUGCCUGACAUCACGACCUUCCCUCCCAGGCUGCUGGCAGAGCAGCUGACCCGCAUGGAUGCGGAGCUGUUCAAGAAGGUGGAGCUCUACGAAUGCUUGGGCUCCAUCUGGGGUCAACGAGCUAAGGAGGGGAAUGAGCACGUGGCACCCACAGUUCAUGCGACCAUCGCACACUUCAACAGGCUCACCAACUGCGUCACCACCUCCUGCCUCGGGAACCAUGGCAUGAGGGCCCAGGACAGGGCCAGGGUGGUGGAGCACUGGAUCAAGGUGGCCAGCGAGUGCCUAAGCCUCAACAACUUCUCCUCGGUGCACGCCAUCGUCUCUGCUCUGUGCAGGAAACCAAUACAUCGGCUACACAAGACGUGGGCAGCAGUGUCCAGCAAAAGCACAAAACAUCUAAAACAACUCUGCAAAAAAGACACUGCAGUGAAGAGGGACCUGCUGAUCAAGGCGGGGAGCUUUAAGGUGGCCACCCAGGAGAGGAACCCCCAGAGAGCCCAGAUGAAGCUGCGGAGGCAGAAUAAGGGAGUGGUCCCCUUCCUGGGGGAUUUUCUGACUGAGUUACACAGAUUGGAUACGGCCAUCCCAGACGAUCUGGAUGGCAACAGCAACAAGAGGAGGAAGGAGGUCCGAGUUCUGCAGGAAAUGCAGCUGCUCCAAGUGGCUGCCAUGAAUUACAGGCUUCGGCCUCUUGAGAAAUUUGUCACCUAUUUCCCAAGAAUGGAGCAGCUCAGUGACAAGGAGAGGUACAAGCUGUCCUGCCAGCUGGAGCCCAAAUCACAGUAGGCCAGUAACAUCUUCCAGUGGCUGGGACCCCACCGGGAUGCUGGUCAGAACACUGGCUCUGCACCAUCCUUCACCUAGACCGUGACACCAGGGAACCACAUCUAGGUGGCUGGCAGCUCAGCUGCAUCUGGCCCCUGCUCUUCGCGUAACACCAGCUGCUCCUGCUGGCCAGGAUCAGGCCGUGGGACUAUUGCCAGGCAGGCGGGAGACCAUUUUAUGUUUAGUUUCUUUAGUGUAUAAGUAAGGGUUUUUUUCUUAACUUUCAUUAAAAUAAAAUUUUAAAACACUA